AAGACGUAAUUUGUCAACUUCCUCUUCUAACUAAUCGUUAAAAUUUUAGUCCCAGAUUCGCUGUGCACUCUAACAAGCGGUGUCAGAUUCCAUAGUAAAAAAAAAAGCUGAAAAAUCCCAUGGGUCACAUGGUGAUGGGGGACCUGCUGCAUACUCAAACACUCGACCAGUCUUCAAAUGCUAUUUGUGCACCCUUUUUUUAUUAUAUGCAUCAAGAAAGUGAUUGUUCUGUACACCUUACCUGGCGUACCUGCUUACUCAUAUUAAGUUCUUUAUACUUGAACCCGUUUCCUUUUGCUUGUGAAUGCGUAGUUGACUCUCUGAGCAUGCAUGCAUGCAUAAGAAGCAAGAGCCUUCGACGGACAUGAAAGCUGCACGUACACAAAUAAACACCGACACCAGACGAAUGUGACUGGAAGAGAUGGAAGCUAUCGUGUGCGCAACGCAUGGAGCCAUGGCCUCCUUGCUGUGGAAGCUAGGUACCUUGCUCUCUGACGAGCACAGGCUUCUUAGCAGCGUGAAGGUGGAUAUGGUGUCCCUGAAAGCCGAGGUCGAGGGCAUGCAUGCUUUCCUGAAGAAGAUGUCGGAGGUGGAGGACCCCGACGAGCAGUCCAAGUGCUGGAUGCAGGAGGUUCGGGAGCUGUCCUACGACAUCGAGGACAACAUCGACAGCUUCAUGCUCACUCUCGGCUCUUGUACUGAGUCCAGCAGCAAACCUAGAGGCUUCAAGGGGUGUGUUGCUAGGUUCUUGAACUUGUUCGCAGGUGCUAAGGCACACCAUUGGGCUGCCAAGGAGAUCCAACGUCUCAAACGACAGGCUGUAGAGGCUAGCGAUCGGCGUGGGAGGUACAGCCACAGGGUUGGUGAUGCUGUUGCUGUCCCCAGAUCGAGUAGAACAAGCAUAGACCCUCGCUUGCCGGCGCUGUACGCUGAGACGACAAGGCUCGUUGGCGUUGAUGGCCCAAGGAACAGACUUAUCAAGCUGCUGACGACAGAAAGAGAGGGCACAGUGACAGAGCUGAAUGUAUUCUCCAUAGUUGGGUCUGGUGGGCUUGGGAAGACCACUCUUGCCAGUGAAGUGUACCGGAGGCUCGAAGCGCAAUUUGAUUACAGAGCUUUCGUAUCAGUGUCACAGAACCCUGAUAUGAAGAAGAUAUUGAGGCAUAUACUCUGCCACCGAGGGUGUGGCGGCAGCGAGGAAUGGGAUGAGCAGCAACUCAUCCACGCCGUAAGAGAGUUCCUCCAGGAUAAGAGGUACUUUGUUGUCAUUGACGAUAUAUGGAGCACAUCAGCAUGGAGGAUUAUCAGAUGUGCUUUUCCUGAAAACAACUGUUCCAGUAGGAUACUGACAACUACUCGCAUCGUCACAGUUGCUAAGUACUGUUGCUCUCCUCACCUUGACCGUGUGUAUGCACUGCAGCCUCUCGAUGCAGCUCACUCUGAGAGCUUAUUUUUAAGUAGGAUUUUUGGUUCCGAAGGUAGAUGUCCUCUCCAUCUGAAAGAAGCUUCCGACAAAAUACUGAAGAGAUGUGGUGGCCUACCACUGGCAAUCGUCACAGUCGCUAGCCUAUUGGCCACUAAGGGUAUCACAAAAGAGGAAUGGGAGAAGACGCUCAAGUCCAUUGGUUCAGCACUUGAGAUUCAAGAUACAGACGUGGAAGAGAUGAAGAAGAUUCUUCUGAUCAGCUACAACGAUCUCCCCUACCACUUGAAGACAUGCUUGUUGUAUCUAGGCGUGUUUCCUGAAGACUAUGAGAUCAAGAGGGACCGGUUGAUAAGAAGGUGGGUCGCUGAAGGCUUUAUCACCGCAGAAGGUGGACAAGACAUGGAGGAGAUAGGAGAAUGCUAUUUCAACGACCUUAUCAACAGGAGCAUGAUCCAGCCUGUUGGCAUUCAGUGUGAUGGUCGCGCCGACGCUUGCCGUGUCCAUGACAUGGUUCUUGAUCUCAUCGUAUCCAAAUCAGCCGAAGAAAACUUUCUAACCUUGUGUGGUGACGGGGAUCACAGGAUGGCGCGACGAGAUAAGGCUCGUCGGCUAUCCAUCAACUACCAUGCCCGGGAUGGUAUUGUAGUGCCAGAGAAUAUGGUCGUUUCUAAUGUUCGAUCCCUCACAAUCUUUGGGCACGCUGAGGACAUGUCUGCUCUUUCCAACUUCCUGUUCUUGAGGGUUCUAGAUCUAGAAAACAGGGUGGUGCUGGAAUACAAUUACCUUAGGCACAUAGGCAGGCUACGUCAGCUGAGGUAUCUCCGACUCAGUUCAAGAAGAAUAGCUGCGCUCCCUGAACAGAUAGGAGACCUACAGAACUUGCAGACCUUGGAUCUGAGGUGGACAAGGCUGAAAAGAUUGCCACGGAGCGUUGUUCUGCUACGCCGACUGACAUGCUUGCUGGUCAACAGUUUAGAAUUGCCCGAAGGGAUUGGGAACAUGCAAGCUCUGCAGGAAUUGUCAGAGAUCGAAAUCAAUCGUCACACACCAGUGUCUUCCUUGCUGGAACUGGGCAAGCUGACGAAUUUGAGAAUCCUUGGGAUAAACUGGUGCAUCAUCGACGCAGAUCAUGAUGCAAGAAAGGUCCACGCGGACAGUUUGGUUACGUCCCUCUGCAAGUUAGGCGUGCUCAGCCUUCGGUCGAUACAGAUCCAGAGCUACCACACCUGUUCUCUGGACUUCUUGCAGGAUUCUUGGUUCCCACCUCCUCGCCGCCUCCAGAAAUUCGACAUGUCCAUAGAUUACCAUUUCCCCCGAACCCCGAAGUGGAUGGUCUCGCUGGAGUACCUCAGCUACCUGGACAUAUACCUCACUCCGGUGGACGAGGAGUCGUUCCGAACCCUGGGGGACCUGCCGUCCCUGCUGUUCCUCUGGAUAUCCUCGAGAGAGGCCAGGCCUGGAGAAGGCGUCGCUGUCGGCAGCCACGGUUUCCGUUGCCUCAGGGAGUUCUACUUCACCUGCUGGGAAGUCGGGACCGGGCUGGCUUUCGAACCGGGGGCCAUGCCGGCGCUCGAGAAGCUCCGGAUCCCAUGCAACGCGCGUGGCGCGUGCUCUUCGCAUGCCGGUGUUCGGGAUCUCGGAAUCGGGCGCCUCUCCUCCUCCCUGAGGCACCUCCAGGUUGAGAUCGUUUGCCGUGGCGCGAGGCUCCAGGAAGUGGAGGCCGUGGAGGAAGCUGUCCGGAACGCCGCCAGCGAGAUUUCUGACGAGCUCUUCCUUGGCGUGAGUAGGUGGGAUGAAGAAGAGAUCUUGAAGGACGAGGAGCAUAAGCUAGAGGAAGCGGAGGCAUAACCCGAUGAUGAGGAAGCGGAGGCAUUUGAAGUUUUUCUCUAAUCCUUGGCAAUGUCAUUUGCAGAAGGAACAGAAGGUUGAUACGGGCUACCAAUACCAUUGCCAAUUCGCAGUUGCCCUUCGAAUCAUCCGACCAACCUUUCUCAAUGCUCCCACACGUUUUCUUAGAAUGCGUAUGUAGGAGUUCGAGGACUUUUUGCCAGUGGAAUACUGGACAUUCGUCAGUUCACGGUUUUUUGCAUGCAUAAACUGAAUUGUACUUGCUAGGGAGUAGUGUAGGGACAUGAUAAACUGGAUAAGUAAAAGCAGAGCAUUGCAGCCCGCAAUAAGAACGUGUGCUCCGUAAAAAAAACA